GGGCGCCGCGGGGAGACCGCGCGGCGGCGGCGGCGGAGAAGGAGGCCGCCGGCCGGCAUCCCCGCGCUCGGACCGCGGCCGGCGCGAUGUCCACCAAGGUCAGCAAGUGCAAGGAGCAAGCGAGGGUGACCUUCCCCGCGCCGGAGGAGGAGGAGGAGGGCGAGGACGAAGGCGCGGAGCCGCAGCGCCGCCGACGGGGCUGGAGGGGCGUCAACGGGGGGCUCGAGCCGCGCCUGGCGCCCUGGCAGCGGGAACCGCGCGACUACUGCCUGCCGCCCUUCCCGCCGGGGCCCGACAUGUCAAUGGAGGAAAGCCCUUCCCUGAGGCGCAAGACGGUGAUGCGCGAGAAGGGCCGGCGCCAGGCUGUCCGGGGCCCGGCUUUCAUGUUCAACGAUCGGGGCACCAGCCUCACCGCCGAGGAGGAGCGCUUCCUCGACGCCGCCGAGUACGGCAACAUCCCGGUGGUGCGCAAGAUGCUGGAGGAGUCCAGGACGCUGAACGUCAACUGCGUGGACUACAUGGGCCAGAACGCGCUGCAGCUGGCGGUGGGCAAUGAGCACCUGGAGGUGACCGAGCUCCUGCUCAAGAAGGAGAACCUGGCGCGCAUCGGCGACGCCCUGCUGCUCGCCAUCAGCAAGGGCUACGUGCGCAUCGUGGAGGCCAUCCUCAACCACCCGGGUUUCGCGGCCAGCAAGCGCCUCACCCUGAGCCCCUGUGAGCAGGAGCUGCGGGACGACGACUUCUACGCCUACGACGAGGACGGCACGCGCUUCUCCCCCGACAUCACCCCCAUCAUCCUGGCGGCGCACUGCCAGAAGUACGAGGUGGUGCACAUGCUGCUGCUGAAGGGCGCCAGGAUCGAGCGGCCGCACGACUAUUUCUGCAAGUGCGGGGACUGCGCGGAGAAGCAGAGGCACGACUCCUUCAGCCACUCGCGCUCGAGGAUCAAUGCCUACAAGGGGCUGGCCAGCCCCGCGUAUCUGUCCUUGUCCAGCGAGGACCCCGUGCUCACCGCCCUGGAGCUCAGCAACGAGCUGGCCAAGCUGGCCAACAUAGAGAAGGAGUUCAAGAAUGACUAUCGCAAGCUCUCCAUGCAAUGCAAAGACUUCGUAGUGGGUGUGCUGGAUCUUUGCCGAGACUCGGAAGAGGUAGAAGCCAUUCUGAAUGGAGAUCUGGAGUCGGCAGAGCCUCUGGAGAUGCACAGGCAUAAAGCUUCACUGAGUCGUGUCAAACUUGCCAUUAAGUAUGAAGUCAAAAAGUUUGUGGCUCACCCCAAUUGCCAGCAGCAGCUCUUGACAAUCUGGUACGAGAACCUCUCAGGCCUGCGGGAACAGACGAUAGCUAUCAAGUGUCUGGUGGUUCUGGUCGUGGCCUUGGGCCUUCCGUUCCUUGCCAUCGGCUACUGGAUUGCACCUUGCAGCAGGCUGGGGAAAAUUCUGCGAAGCCCUUUUAUGAAGUUUGUGGCACACGCUGCUUCUUUCAUCAUCUUCCUGGGCCUGCUUGUGUUCAAUGCCUCAGACAGAUUUGAAGGAAUCACCACGUUGCCAAAUAUCACUGUUAUUGACUAUCCCAAACAGAUCUUCAGGGUGAAGACCACCCAGUUCACAUGGACUGAAAUGCUAAUUAUGGUCUGGGUUCUUGGAAUGAUGUGGUCUGAAUGUAAGGAGCUCUGGCUGGAAGGACCCAGGGAAUACAUUUUGCAGUUGUGGAAUGUCCUAGACUUCGGGAUGCUCUCCAUCUUCAUUGCUGCUUUCACAGCCAGAUUCCUGGCUUUCCUUCAGGCAACAAAAGCACAACAGUAUGUGGACAGUUAUGUCCAAGAGAGCGACCUCAGUGAAGUUACACUUCCACCAGAGAUACAGUAUUUCACUUAUGCCAGAGAUAAAUGGCUCCCUUCUGACCCUCAGAUCAUAUCUGAAGGUCUCUAUGCCAUAGCUGUCGUGCUCAGCUUUUCUCGGAUCGCCUACAUCCUCCCUGCGAAUGAGAGCUUCGGCCCCUUACAGAUCUCUCUUGGAAGGACUGUGAAGGACAUAUUUAAGUUCAUGGUCCUCUUUAUUAUGGUGUUUCUUGCUUUUAUGAUUGGCAUGUUCAUACUUUAUUCUUACUACCUUGGGGCUAAAGUAAAUGCUGCUUUUACCACUGUAGAAGAAAGUUUCAAGACUUUGUUUUGGUCAAUAUUUGGGUUGUCUGAAGUGACUUCCGUUGUGCUCAAAUAUGAUCACAAAUUCAUAGAGAAUAUUGGAUACGUUCUUUAUGGAAUAUACAAUGUAACUAUGGUGGUUGUUUUACUCAACAUGCUCAUUGCUAUGAUUAAUAGCUCAUAUCAAGAAAUUGAGGAUGACAGUGACGUAGAAUGGAAGUUUGCUCGCUCAAAACUUUGGUUAUCGUAUUUUGAUGAUGGAAAAACAUUACCUCCACCCUUCAGUCUGGUUCCUAGUCCAAAGUCAUUUGUUUAUUUCAUCAUGCGGAUCAUUAACUUUUCCAAAUGCAGAAGGAGAAGGCUACAGAAGGAUAUAGAAAUGGGAAUGGGUAACUCAAAGUCCAGGUUAAACCUCUUCACUCAGUCUAACUCAAGAGUUUUUGAAUCACACAGUUUUAACAGCAUUCUCAAUCAGCCAACACGUUAUCAGGUUGUAAGACUACAAAUAUACAGUCCAUGGCUUCAAGGAUCUCUCCACUGGAGUGGAAGGGCAGCACGGAGGUGGAGAGGAAGGGAAGGAAAGAAAAAAGUUAAAGAUGAAAUGGAGAUGAAUAUGCCUUCUUCAUUUCCCUUCAACGAGGGAAUUUAAUCUGAAUAGUUUUGCUCAGGAUAUUUCUAGGGAACUUGAACACUAUAUGAAUGUUUAAAAUAUUUUAUUUUCCUGUUAUUGUCCCUUCUGGCAGUAAAUGUAAGUUUUCAUAGACUUUCUAUAUGGCAGUAAAUGUAAGUUUUCAUAGACUUUCUAAGUGUGGUUUUGAAUAAUGUUACAUAAAUGUUUUAGAGUAUUAUACUAAGGAAUGUGGGUAGCAGUAUCUUAGUCCUCAAACUUUAUAAAUAAUACCAACAAGAGCUGUCCUUUUCUAAGCAGGAACUAUGCUUUUUACAUGCGUUUGAUUAUUUAAUCUGUACAACUUAUUAGUUGAGUUUUAUUACCCCCAUUUUAUAAAUGAGGAAAUGGAAGCUUAAAGAGUUUAAGCACCUUUAAUUCACUCAGCUAGUAAAUAAAGGCCUACAUUCAAAUUCAUAGAUUUUUGACUCCAAACUUCUGCCUCACUUAAAUUUUUAGAAGUUUCAUUUUUUCUGGAGAUAGUAUUUCUAAAUAAUGCACUUCUGAAUGGUACUAAAUAAGACCCUUAUAAGCCCUGAGUUAUUCUCAGUUUCUUUACCACAUGAAGUUUUUACAGCUUUGUUUGUAAAAGUGAAAAGUAUUUGUUUAUCGCGACUGAAGGACUGUUGGCUACUGAAGAUGUAAUGAAUGCCCAGGCUAGCCAGGCACAGCGAUUUGCUAGGCAGCAUUAAAAACCUAUUUAUAAGAGUAUUUUAAUUGUUUUUAUUUUAUUUUAAAUUUUGAUUAUGGACUAUUUCAAACACAGAAAGGUAUCACAAAAUGUCCUGUUAGACAUCUAUGUCACUACCAUCUUACUUUAAUAAAUAAUAACAUUUUGCCAUAUUCUUUUUGCAUCUUUUUUGUAAGGAAAUUUUGAUACAACUAAAAUACCCCUACUCUAUUACAUUGGCUUUUAUCCCU